GUGUUAAUGAUUGCGUUUAAAGGCAAGAGAGUGGUAGUUUUAGUAUCGUUACAAAUCUAUUCUACUUUAAUCAGUAAAGUGGCAGGGAAUUUCACUGGUAAUUUAUUUAUAUAUCGUGCUUUGCUAUUGGAAAUAUUUUUGCAGUAAUUGCAACAGUAAAAGACACAUUUUUUUUCAGAUUCUAGACUUGCUGUGUUUUAUCGUUUUAUUCGUAAUAUAACAAAAUACUGAACAGCCUUAGUAAAAUUAUCUUAUGCUAUAGAGAAGGUACUUAUUACUUUAAGUCUACUAUUCCCUUGACAGUUGUGUUUUUGAACGAUUCACAAGCGAUGAUCGGAUGUAAGAUAAUGAAAAUGAAUUCCAGACAUUCUGGCAAAUUGAUUCUGUGCAUCAGAUCAUUGUAACAACUUGUAGGAUUAUUAUAUUCUUUAAGGAUUUAAUAGAUUGAAAAUUGCUGAUAUGAAAAGUUGACUUUCAAAUGGUUGGCAGAGCAGUUCAGAAUGCAUUGGCAUGGACAGUAUUAUAAGAUAGCAUUUUUUAUAAUAGAGGAAUUUCACGUGUGGAUAACAGUUAUAUUGUUAACGUUCUUAUGUGCCUUACACGUCGACGGACUAAAGUCUGACGUUCCAUACUUUGAGCCAAGAGAAAACAAUGUAUCAUUCCACACUGGAUCAACAGCUACCUUGAUGUGUUCCAUCAUAGGACUCCAGACACGGAUCGUUGUUUGGAGGCGAAUGUCAGAACCUAGCCCUCUCACUAUAGGAGAUUUUGUUUAUAGUCAAGAUAGUAGGAUUUCAAUACGAAGGGUAGUGAAGCAAAAUGAAUGGAAUUUAGUCAUUAAAGAUGUGCGACCAGAUGAUGCAGGAGUAUACGAAUGUGCAGUUAGUUCUCGAGAGAAAUAUAAAAGACUUGUUUUACUUCGAAUAACUGGAACAUACAGAAAUUUAUCUAGGACAAGUUAUACUUAUGAAAACGAUAUACUAUUGUCAAAACCACGGGUUAACGUAUCAGGAAAUGACUUUGUGAGCAAAGGUCAAACUAUUUUACUUACAUGUAAUGCUACUGGUGAAGAUCAUGCACCAGACAGAGUUGACUGGUUUAUCAAUGGACUUAAAGUUGAUAAGAAAAAUAUGCCCCGUGUACGGGUGUAUAAUGAAGUUGACAUUUAUAGAAGAACGUUACUGAGUAAACUAGAAAUAAGACGUUCAUUAAUGAGUGAUACGGGGGUAUAUAUAUGUAGAGGGCCAGAUGAAAAGACAUCCAAAAUAACAAUUCAUAUCUUAGAUGAAGAAAAGUCAAUUAUAGAUAAACGUGGCGAUUUUUUACCAUCAUCAGAACACGGUUUUGUGAACGAUUCAUCAGUACCUUGCUAUUUAUUUCAAUGGACUGCAAACUGCUUAGUAAUUUGUGUCUCUGCAACAUGGUUUACACAUAUUUGGUUCAUUACGUGAAUAGAUGUGAAAAAUCUAACUUCUACCACUGAAGUGUUCAAAAGAAUAAACCACCUGCAAUUAAACUGAUGCAAUGCAAUAACCGAAGAUGAAAGACACAUAUCAUUAUUGACGGAGUGGGUCCGUCGAAUACCAUUUUUAAACUGCUGCUCAAUGAUAUCGUAGACACACGUGGACAGCACGUCUGAAUCGUUAUGUUUAUUGUCGAAUAUUGUAAUGAUCGGAAGUAGUGGAGUUAUAUUGUUAAAUCUUCAUUAUUGUAAAAUUAUUAUUCAUUAUUCAUGUGUUUUGACAUCUGUGUUCAUAAAAAUACU